AUGUCGUAUGAUCGAGUCUUGCCCAAGCCGCUUGGCCUCUUUUGCGACCUCUCCAGCCGUGGCAUCCCGCCCCGCGUCAGCUCUUUACUUGGUCACAGGAUUGUCGUCGAGGGUUUGAACCGGCCAUCUCGUGACCAGCAUGGCCGUCAAUUGUCGACUCCAUCGGGGACGCCACCCUCGUCGAUCCCAACUGCGCGGUGUCAAGGCCCAGAUUUUGGGCCUUCGAAGGAACAUGCCCUGCACAAGGCCCCGGAAAGCAUCCCGAUUCCGUUGUCCGGAAACCUAGCCUCGUCAGGUACUGUGCUAGAGGCAUCGAGAAAUCACCGCGCAGCAUCUGCCGGUUCGUCCAAGUCUACGUCGUCUAGGGACUCCAGUGUCCUAUUCUGCCUAUGCCAACCGGACCCAAAGAUUCCGCGCCCCAGAAAUGCUUUCAUUCUGUUCCGGCAACACUUCCAAGCCGCUGUUGUUGCGCAGAAUCCGGGACUUGCAAAUCCGGAAAUCUCCAAAAUAAUUGGUGAGAAAUGGAGGAAUCUCCCAGUUGAGUCCAAGCAGGAUUGGAAGAAUCUUGCAGAGGAGGAAAAAGCAAGGCAUCAGCAACAAUAUCCUGAUUAUCGGUAUCAACCACGUCGGUACGGCCGAAAGGGAAGCAAUGCUGGAGCCGCCAGUUCGGGGAUUAGCAACAAUCCUACUGGGGCAUCUGUCUGUAAUAGGUGUGGCGGCAGAGUGAUGAACGCGCCGCCUACUCCUAUAGUGUCUAUUGUUUCAAGCACGCAAAGACAAGGAUGUUCUGCUCCUCCACAUAUAAACAAGCAGCCCUCAGCCGACGCCAAAUCUUCGAGAAAGAGAGCACGGUCUGUGAGCCCUCUGCACUCACACUUGAAGCAAAAUCAGGGAACUACGGCACCCACCCCGCAUCAAGACAAGGAUGGCCUUUUUUCUCCAGAUAUGAAGAGAGGCAGAUGGUGCCCUAUCCGGCAGAACUUCAGUUCAUGUAGCACAUAUUCGCAACGGAGCUCCUCAUAUCCUCGACUGGAGACACUGCAUCUAAAAGGCCAGAAUUCGACCGAAUCUCCGCGACCAUUCAGAACUAGCAGCUUCUCCAAGCCAGUCCAGGACCCUAGACUUGUGUUGCCACCAUUACAGACUCUGCCUAGUACAAACCAGAGUAGUCAAAGUCAAGUUAAGACAUUGGUUAUGACAAUUCCGUUUCUCAACAAAAUCAAAGUACUGUCAAAAAUAUCGCCACCUUUCUCCACGUCGAUGUCCGCACAAUCCUGCCAGGGCGCAGUGAUUGCGGUCGAAGGUCAAGAUCAUUUAUCUGUUCAAUGUGUAUUAGAGUACCUGAAGAACGUUCUGUCAUCUAGAGAUGGUCAGAUUGUACAUAUAUUUGAGGGUCCCGAUCCGGCGUCGCCAGAAGUACCAACGAAAGCCGAAGAAACCCGAGACGCAACAGUACAAUACCUGAAAACUAUAUCAAAAUGGCACAAAAUUUCUGAAGACAUUCUUCGGUUUAUUAAUAACUCCUCCACCAUAUCUAACCACCAGUCGCAUAGCCUUAUACCCUCCCGCGAGAACUCACCUACGUUUUGCAGCCUAGAGAAGCGAGGGUGGUUUCCAGAAAACCGAACCUCACAGCCAUCUGAUUCCAUAUUUCGGAUUGCAUUAGUUCCGCAGUAUCAGCUAAGCACCGCUGAUGCCCACGCCUGCACGACUCCAAUCAAUGAUGCAUAUGCGCCAAUUGAUCAUUGGCAAUGGAUGGCGUCUCUUUGGCGGGGGUGUGUGGGGCCUGAUGUUACUAUAUGUAUCCGAGACUGUGAAAAGGAAGAGCUUGAGACAUAUGGGGAAGGGAACCCCGUUGAAAUUCGUCUAGAAGAUACCCGAACACUAGUGGUGAGACGAAGAACGAACUCGGAAAAAUCAAUUGAAGAGAAGGCUUUGAGGCGCAUUGGGUUCGAAGUGGGUGAGUUUAUUCGGCGUUGA